UUAGUGAAAUAGUCUUUGAGACCCGUGGAGGACGUAGAUGGGCUGCCGAUGGAUUGGAAGGACGGUGUGUAGGUGAUAUGGCAGGUGGUGUGGUGCCCAUGGCAAGUUGGGUUACUCGCUUCAUUCAAAGCCAGCUGCUGCUUAAGCCCUCCUAGGUCUGCUUCGAUAGCUCCAGAAUGAAUCUGGGAAAACACGCCAGCUUGUUUUAUCUUACUGCAAUUGGGAGACGCCGCUCUAGCUUCAGCUGUUUACACUAGUGUGAAGAUGUAAACUCUGUCUAGUGGCUUCAUGAUGUGUGUCUUUACCUCCUCUGAUUGUCCAGAAUUUGGACUUAUGGCUCCUAAAGAGUAGUAGAGUGAUUGUGCUUUUAAUUUUAUGAUGUGGGACAUUCCCCGAAAUUUUAUGCUGGGAGUUGAGGAAGUGACUGGCCUCACAAGUGGUGUCGGUGAUGAUCUGGACAUUGGCUUAUUUAUCCAACCUGCGCUCCUAAGCCAUUUUGAUUUUUCCUUGUUAUUGAAUGAAAGAGACGAGCUAAACGGACGCAACGACGACGACGACGGCGACAACAACAACGACAAGAACGUGAACGAGAACGAGGACCAGCAGGAGGUAGAGGAGGAUGUCCUCCGCCAAUUCUGCCAAGUUGCCUGUUUUCUCCCAGCCUAUGCCGACGUCUGGCCCUCCCCCUCGUGUGAAGCCUCCCUCAAAUUCAUUGAGGCCUCUCCAUGAGGAUGAGGAUGUCGUUGUUGUUAUCCCUAAUGACACUGGAGAGGAACUUGUCGGGGUGACCAAGGGCAAAAGUGCAAUCGUACUGACCACCAACACCAACACCAACGCCACCACGUCACUCAAUUCCAUUUAUCCCGAUGGAAACUCUGUUGUGCGAGUUCGAGCCCAGGUGAUGAUGAGAGACGAUUCAACCGGUGGCUGGGUACCAAUGGGGGGCGGAGGCUUAUCAAAUGUUUCCGUGCGAAAGCGGAAAAUUCAUCACGAAGAUGACCAACCUUGCAAGCAUGAAUACCUUAUCCACGGGAAGCGCAUAUCAGAUCAAACGAUCGUUCUUAGUUGCACAAUCAAGAAAGAUUUUGAAUACAACAAAGUAAUGCCAACUUUUCAUCAUUGGAAGACUGGAAACAAAAAGUUUGGCUUGACCUUCCAAACUGCAGCCGACGCUAGAGCGUUUGACAAGGGGGUCAAAAUGGCUAUCGAAGACCUAUUAGAUGCAAAAUCCUUAGCCUGCCCUCAUAAGCAUUACCGAGAAGGCACUAAAAAAGGUUUAACCGAAACGUCACCUCUUCACCAAUACAACAAAGAUGUCGGCGACGAAGAUGUUUUUAUGCAACUUGACCUCCCUAUCAUCAAAUCAAGUGGUGUGUCAGCAAAACGGACUUCGACCUUUUUAAGUGAAACAAGUUCAUAUCAUAAUCAGCAUCAGCAUCUUCCGCUUCAUGCGCUCUCAGCAUCAAGCCCCGCCCCUCCAUCGGAAGGGUGUGUAGGGCUUCGAAUCAAGAACGAUGCAUCAUUUAUUUCCUCAAAUCAAGGGUUGUCGCCUCCUGAUUGUUGGUCUUCCGCUGCAGAGCAGCAACAACUUCAUCAUGAACGGAAGCAUCUUCUUUCUUCCCAUGAUGAGGAAACAAGACGGGAUAAGGAUUAUUCAUAUGUAAAAUUUCCUCCUCAGCAUUUCCAAGCUUCGACUUUGGCUGCAGCCACCCAUGAGUACUCCUAUCCCAAGCUAGUCGAUGCUUUCCCACCCAACAAGCACAUUGGCAGUACUACCGGGGAGUAUUGCCAAAAGAACUGUGAUACGAAUUUCCCUCAGGAGCCCAUGCGUUGUGAUGAUUCGGUCUCUCAUACGAAGAAAGGUUUACAUUAUCCCUCUAGCAUACCUACUCAAUUGCUUCAGCACGAUGACAAGGAUGGUCUUGGGGAAUCAAUUUCCUUUCUCAAAGCUAACCAGAGUGGUGGUAGUUCCAGUGGCUUUCGGGGUUCUCCGAUGGGCUUCCGAUCGACAGAUCCAGCAUGCCUGGACCGGAUCAAGAAAGGGUCUGCCGGAUCCUCAUCUCGUCAAGAAAUGCCAUCUGCCCUUUUACAACGGCACAAGCUUACCUGUGCUCAUUGUCGCGAGUCUUUCAGCUCAGAGGAAAACCCUCCCGGCUCUUGUCAUUACGCUCCAAAUUGUCUGCGUCGAGGUAUCGAAACAAUAACUUGCCUUCAGUGUGCCAAGUGCCUGCUUUAUCAUUGCCUGUCAGACAGCGAGGGGGACUUUGUCCAUCCUUGCGAAUGCUCUAAUCGUGAUGGUCAUCGGACCCGUCGCUGGAUAGGGUUGAGCUUACUCUCCAUUAUUGUGCCAUGUCUAUGCUGCUAUUUACCGCUAAUGGCGUGUUAUCAUUGUGGGGCCUUGUGUAAGAUGUGUGGGGGAAGGCAUCAGCCGGUUGCCCUGCAUUCAUCCGUAUCUCCAAGUUAAUCAACACGACCUUUCAACUUGCUGGUCGAUCUAAAUCCGAAGGAAACACUUUGAAUUAUGUUCCACAUUUCAAUGGUUUCAUUUUCCUUACGCAAUAACAAGAUCUAUUUACUCAACCAUAAAAAUAUGCACGUGCAUCACGUGCUUAUAAAGUAAUUUCAAAAUUGUCCAACAGACGAUUUUAGGAACCUUUGUUCAUAUUGGGAGGCAACAUCUGAGUAUUUUUUGGUAUAUAUUUUUGAUUUUGACGGCGGUGAACGAAAGAUCCUUGUGUCAAUUUUACUUGCAUGUUCAUUUGAAAACAAAAAUCAAUCUUACUUAGAUCCAAUAUCUUGAAAUAUCAAUUCAAACACAGCUUAUACGAUGAAGAAAAUAUAUUUAUUAAUGCCCUGA